GUAUAUCCUCUCCCUGUGGAUGGUCUAUAAAGGGCAGCCACUGAACGCUCAGCUCGCGUUUGGAUUUUGCUCCUGCUCCCUUGAUCCUCCUCACACAAAGUCUCUUCUAACUGUAUCUGACAGGGCCACCAUGUCUGCUUUUGUGGGGAAAUACUCAGAUGAGCUGAUCAAGACCGCCAAGUGCCUCGCGACGCCGGGCAAGGGCAUCCUGGCCUCCGACGAGUCGACGGGCACCAUCGGCAAGCGCCUCUCCAGCAUCAACCUCGAGAACGUGGAGUCCAACCGACAGGCGCUCCGCGAGCUGCUCUUCACGGCGCCCGGCGUGUUCGACUACCUCUCCGGGGUCAUCCUCUUCGAGGAGACCCUGUACCAGAAGACCUCCGACGGGAAGCCGUUCGUGGACCUGCUCAUCGCCGGCGGCGUGGUCCCGGGGAUCAAGGUGGACAAGGGCACCGUCGAGAUCGCGGGCACCAACGGCGAGACCACCACCCAGGGGCACGACUCCCUGGGCGCGCGCUGCGCCAAGUACUACGAGGCCGGCGCGCGCUUCGCCAAGUGGCGCGCCGUGCUCAAGAUCGGCGCCGCCGGGGAGCCGUCCGAGCUCGCCGUCAAGCAGAACGCCGAGGGGCUCGCGCGGUACGCGCUGAUCUGCCAGGAGAACGGGCUCGUCCCCAUCGUCGAGCCCGAGAUCCUCACCGACGGCGGGCACGACAUCAAGACCUGCGCCGCCGCCACCGAGCGCGUCCUCGCCGCCGUCUACAAGUCGCUCAACGACCACAAGGUCCUCCUCGAGGGCACGCUCCUCAAGACCAACAUGAUCACCCCCGGCUCCGACAGCCCCAAGGUUGGCGCGGAGGUGAUCGCGGAGUACACGGUGGCGGCGCUGCGGCGCACGGUGCCGCCGGCGGUGGCCGGUGUGGUGUUCCUGUCCGGCGGGCAGAGCGAGGAGGAGGCGACGCAGAACCUGAACGCCAUGAACAAGCUGGAGGUGCUCAAGCCCUGGACGCUCUCCUUCUCCUUCGGCCGCGCGCUGCAGCAGAGCACCCUCAAGAAGUGGCUCGGCAAGAAGGAGAACGUCACCGCCGCGCAGGCCGCCUUCGUCGUCCGGUGCAAGGCCAACUCCGAGGCCGCGCUCGGCAAGUACGCCGGCUCCGGCGCCGGGGACGCCGCCGCCUCCGAGAGCUUGUACGUCAAAGGGUACAAGUACUAAGCCGCUGCCACGCCGGUGGCCUCGGCCUGGGACCCAAUCCUUGUGGUCCACGUGGCAGCGUUCGGACCAUGUCAAGAUUCGUGCGGUAUAUGUGCUUCACUUGUGUAGUUGGGUUGUAUACUAAAUUGUCUCUUCCUUCCGGCACCUAUUUAACCAAAAAACCACCUCAAAAUGUUGAUUUGUUUGCAGUUUGCAUGUACACUGAUACUAGUAUUACUGAAGAUAUAUAAGUGUAAUACAUGGAUGUUACUGAA